AUGAGCUCCGUCUGGGUGGAGGCCUCAGAAGAACCCAUGAGGUGUUACGAACAUAAGCAGUACAGAAAUGGGCUGAAGUUCUGUAAACAGAUUCUUUCUAACCCAAAGUUUGCAGAACAUGGAGAAACCCUGGCAAUGAAAGGACUGACAUUGAACUGUCUAGGGAAAAAGGAGGAAGCAUACGAACUAGUGCGUAGAGGCUUGCGUAAUGACUUAAAGAGCCAUGUCUGCUGGCAUGUCUAUGGCCUUCUCCAGAGGUCAGACAAGAAGUAUGACGAAGCUAUCAAAUGUUACAGAAAUGCACUGAAAUGGGAUAAAGACAAUCUUCAAAUUUUGAGAGACCUCUCUCUGCUACAGAUUCAAAUGAGAGAUCUUGAGGGUUACAGGGAAACAAGAUACCAGUUACUUCAGCUGCGGCCUGCACAACGAGCAUCAUGGAUUGGUUAUGCUAUUGCUUACCAUUUGCUGGAAGAUUAUGAAAUGGCAGCAAAAAUUUUAGAGGAAUUUAGAAAGACACAGCAGACUUCUCCAGAUAAAGUGGACUAUGAGUACAGUGAGCUGCUUUUAUAUCAGAAUCAAGUCCUUCGGGAAGCAGAACUCUACAAAGAAGCCUUGGAACACCUUUGUACCUAUGAAAAACAAAUAUGCGAUAAACUGGCUGUUGAAGAAACUAAAGGAGAACUUCUGUUACAACUCUUCAGGCCAGAAGAAGCAGCUGAGGUGUACAGAGGAUUGCAAGAAAGGAAUCCUGAAAACUGGGCAUACUACAAAGGCUUAGAAAAGGCACUGAAACCUGCCAAUAUGUUGGAGAGGUUAAAGAUCUAUGAAGAAGCCUGGACUAAGUAUCCGAGGGGUCUAGUUCCGAGAAGAUUGCCAUUAAAUUUUUUAUCUGGUGAGAAAUUUAAGGAAUGCCUUGAUAAGUUUCUACGAAUGAAUUUCAGCAAAGGCUGUCCACCUGUGUUCAAUACCUUGAGAUCACUGUAUAAAGAUAAAGAGAAGGCGGCAAUCAUAGAAGAAUUGGUGGUAGGUUAUGAAACUUCCCUUAAAAGCUGCCGAUUAUUUAAUCCAAAUGAUGAUGGUAAAGAAGAACCCCCAACCACUUUACUCUGGGUCCAGUACUACUUGGCACAGCAUUAUGAUAAAAUCGGGCAGCCAUCUCUGGCUCUGGAAUACAUAAAUGCUGCUAUAGAAAGUACUCCAACCUUGAUAGAACUCUUCCUUGUGAAGGCUAAAAUCUAUAAGCAUGCUGGGAAUAUUAAAGAAGCUGCAAGGUGGAUGGAUGAGGCCCAGGCCUUGGACACAGCAGACAGAUUUAUCAACUCCAAAUGUGCAAAAUACAUGUUGAAAGCCAACUUGAUUAAAGAGGCAGAAGAAAUGUGUUCUAAGUUUACAAGGGAAGGAACCUCAGCUGUAGAAAACUUGAAUGAAAUGCAGUGCAUGUGGUUCCAGACAGAAUGUGCCCAGGCUUAUAAAGCAAUGAAUAAAUUUGGAGAAGCACUUAAGAAAUGCCACGAAAUUGAGAGACAUUUUGUAGAAAUCACAGAUGACCAGUUUGACUUCCACACUUACUGUAUGAGGAAGAUUACACUUAGGUCUUAUGUGGAUUUGUUAAAGCUAGAAGAUGUACUUCGACAGCAUCCAUUUUACUUCAAGGCAGCACGAAUUGCCAUAGAAAUAUAUUUGAAACUUCAUGAUAACCCCCUAACAGAUGAGAAUAAAGAACAUGAAGCUGAUACAGCAAAUAUGUCUGAUAAGGAGCUAAAGAAGCUACGCAAUAAGCAACGAAGAGCACAGAAGAAAGCACAACUGGAGGAAGAGAAGAAGAAUGCAGAGAAAGAAAAGCAGCAAAGGAAUCAGAAGAAGAAGAAAGAUGAUGAUGAUGAAGAAAUUGGAGGACCUAAAGAGGAACUUAUCCCUGAGAAACUAGCAAAGGUUGAGGCACCUUUGGAAGAAGCCAUUAAAUUUUUAACACCAUUGAAGAAUUUGGUAAAGAACAAAAUAGAGACCCAUCUUUUUGCCUUUGAGAUAUACUUCAGGAAAGAAAAAUUUCUUCUGAUGCUACAAUCAGUGAAGAGAGCAUUUGCUAUUGAUUCCAGUCAUCCUUGGCUUCAUGAGUGUAUGAUUCACCUCUUCAGCAGUGUAUCUGAAAGUAAAGACCUGCCCAACGUAGUUAGAACAGUGUUAAAUCAAGAAAUGAAUCGCCUUUUUGGAGCAACUAAUCCAAAGAACUUCAAUGAAGCUUUUCUUAAGAAGAACUAUGACUCCCUACCACAUAGGUUAUCAGCUGCCAAAAUGAUGUACUAUUUAGAUCCUUCCAGUCAAAAAAGAGCAGUGGAGUUGGCGGUGUCCCUCGAUGAAUCACUCUCUAACAGAAAUCUUCAGACUUGUAUGGCGGUAUUAGAAGCUUUGUGUGAUGGUAGUCUGGGAGACUCUAAAGAAGCAGCUGAAACUUACCAAGCAAAUUGUCAUAAGCUUUUCCCCUAUGCUUUGGCUUUCAUGCCCCCUGGAUAUGAAGAGGAUAUGAAGAUCACAGUAAAUGGAGAUAGUUCUGCAGAACCUGAAGAACUGGCCAAUGAAAUAUGAACAACUUAACAAAAAAAAAAAUGGAAUAACAUUGGACCGUAUCUGGUGUAUAAUAUUUUUGUCACGCACCUGCUGAGUCAUUCUAACUUACACAGAGAAUGGAAGGAGUUAAAAUUUUUGCCUUCAAAUAGUUUUACUUUUUUUAUCCUGCUGACAAAGUAUAUAUAUAAAAUAUCUAACGUAUUACUGGAUAUAGGUUCAGUUUCUUAAAAAUUAAAAGCUGCUAAAAUUGAAGAAAAAACCCCUUACCUACCUACCUACCUACCCAUGUUUUUAAACUAAUUUAUAAGAAACCUGGAGGCUUAUAGCUCUCAGAGCAGGUGUGUGGCAGAAAUAUUACUUUAAAUUUGUCUUGUGAGAUUACUAUUAUCUCAGACAGCAAAUACGCUGUUUUAGCACUGGAUUCUUUCACUGAGCACAAAGAGUUGUUGGGGCUUUAGCAUCUGACUGAUUUUGAUACAGAGAUGAUUCUGUCCAUAGGAAGUAUGCAAUGUGAAUCAAUUUACAGAGAAACCUACAACGUACGUGUAAUGUUGUAGAGGUUGGGACAUAGAUACCAAGCAGAAUUAAGAAACAUAAGGUGUACAAUAAGCUUGUUGUGUCUCCGAAAUUCACUGUACACGAUCAGUUUGGUGUUCUUGCACCACAGUUUUUAACUGAAGGAACCAGUUAAAACAAUCUCUUCAUUUUUAAUUAAACUUGAAAAGAAAGUGACACUGCUGUUUUUUGAGAUGAACCUCACAGCAUAGUUUGGCCAGACUUGUUAAAACUGUAAUGCAAGAACCAAAUGAAAUUAUGCACUGUGAUGUGGCACCAACUAAUUAGAAAGAAAGCAUGCAUUUUUCAUAUAGAG